AUGGCUUAUUUUAAUACAGCAUCAUUAACGCAGUCUGAACUUGAACAUCUGGCAUUUCUUCGAGCCAAAAGAGCAGCGAUCAACGAUGACGUUGAGGAGAUACGAUCAGAAUUGGAUGAAAUUAAUGCUCAGUUGUCUGCUAUCGAUAUACCUGAUGAUGAAUGCAAUCCUAGUGGUAGGAUAAUGUCAAUUGCGCGGAAAAAUUUCAAUAUGGACCCUAGAAAAGGAAUGUCAUAUCUCAUCCAACAUGGUCUUGUUGAAAAUAAUGCUGAAUCUGUGGCUGAAUUCCUCUUCCGCGGCGAAGGUCUUGGAUUACGAAAAAGCGCUGUUGGUGAUUAUCUCGGUGAAAAUGAACCUUUUAAUUUGGAGGUUUUGGAAAAGUUUUGCGAUUUACAUGAUUUUACUGAUCUCAUUUUAGUGCAAGCUCUUAGGCAAUUUUUCUGGUCUUUUCGCUUGCCUGGAGAAUCUCAGAAAAUUGAUAGAAUGGUCAAUGCAUUCGCUAAGCGAUAUUGUCUUAAUAAUCCGGGUGUAUUUUCAAGCAGUGAUACAUGUUAUAUAUUAUGUUUCGCUAUUGUUAUGUUGAAUACUUCUUUACAUAAUCGUAACGUCAAAAAUCCGCUGACUUUGGACAGUUUUAUUUCAUUAUAUCAAGGAAUCGAUGAAGGCAAAGAUGUGCCUAAAGAAUUACUUGAAGGCAUUUAUGAGUCAAUCAGAGUUGAACCAUUUCAAUUUCCCAGUGACGACGGUAGCGAUUUUUAUAACACAUUCUUCAAUCCAGAUCAUGAAGGAUGGCUUUUGAAACAAGCAUCAUCACAGCUAGCAACUUCUCGCCCAUUUUUAAAAUCUUGGAAACGUCGAUGGUUUAUUUUGGCAGAAAAGUGCUUAUACUACUUUGAACAUACGACUGCAAAAGAACCACGUGGAAUAAUACCUUUGGAGAAUGUGCGAGUUCGUCAAAUUGAAGAAAAAGGUCGGCCUUAUUGUUUCGAAAUUUAUAGCGAUAACACAGAGGUGAUCAAAGCAUGUAAGACCGAGGCAGAUGGUCGAGUAGUUGUCGGAAGACACACGUCUUAUAAAAUGUGCGCAUUUUCAGUAGAUGAUAUGAAUCAGUGGAUAAAUGCCAUUGAGAGGUCAAUCAAUUACGACCCAUUCUACCAGAUGCUGCAACUCAAGAAAAUGAAACUAAAAGGUAAAAGUCGACAAUCAGAUUAA